AUGGAAGGCCCUGAAGACUUUCACGGCGUUCGUACCUCUGACGAAGGCAAGUCCCAAGGACAGGUGAAAGCCGACGCUGGGGGUGUGGAAGCAUUCCCCGCGCCUAGCGUGGCGUUGGAAGGCGCCGAAGCUGCGAAACGGUCUGCAGACGCGCACGCCUCUGAGGAUGCCGCGUUUGGCUGCUUUCACGGAGCGAGCGCCGAGGAUGGUGCGGAAGGCCAAAACUGCGUUCCAUCUGCAGAAUAUGUUCUUCCGUCUUCCGCACAGUCCUUCGCCGCUCAGUCCUCUGCCGCUGACAGCGUGGGGGGGAUGGCCUCGGCUGGCGACGAGUCCUCUGCGUUCCACCGUGUUUCCUCGCCGGUCUCCCUUCCUGCCACGUCGUCCCUGCUGAAGCCUUUGGCGCUUGCCGCAGCAGCCGAAGCUCCCUUCCGUGCGCCUCUUGCUACGUCUGAUGACGAAGCCCCUUCGCCGCUAGCGACGAUGCGCCGGCCGCCUGUCUUUCGCCGGCGAGAGACUCAGGGCCUACGCAGGGUUCGGCCGGCGGCUGCGAGUCUGGCCUGUCCAGCGGCGGCGGCCGCUCCCUUUGGAGCGGAGAGCGGCCGGGCACAUGCCGCGCAGUUCGCGUCUCUUGCGAACUGCGCAGGACGCGCGCGCCAGUCGAAGCGCGCGAGGGAGGAUACUCAUCGGCGGAGACGGAGGAGGAACGGGAACGAAAACUGCUUGCGAGGUGCGGCUUGGAGCGUCGAUGGAAGCGCCUUCUUGACUUGGAGCGAGGACGCGGUUGUCAGGCUCUUCGCGACUCCGGAAGAAGAGGACCUGGACUUUGCGGGGACGGAGGACUCCGCGGCCCCUGCCACGAUGGAUCCAUGGACGUAUGCUGACGAAGGAGAGUUGAUCUUUGAUUGCGCCUGGUUUCCGCGGCUUGACUGGGCACAACCGCGUACGUAUUCGUACGCGGUCACCAGCCGCGACCACCCGGUCCACCUCUACAGCGGGAUUGAUUCCUCUUUGCUGGGCACCUACUCGUGCUACAAUCACCUCGACGAGGUGGCGCAUGCAUACUCGCUGCUGUUUCAUCCGCAGAAGCCGCUGCUCCUGGCUGGAGGCAUCAGCGGCGUGCGGACGUUCGACCUGGAGCGACCGGGAAGGCAGACGCAGGACUUGCGUUUUGCGACGCGGCGAGCAAAGCAGGGCCAGAAAGGGAUCAUCUCCUGCAUGGACUUCAAGCGGGACGGCGCAGGCGCCAAUAGACUGUUUGCCUGCGGCUCGUACAGUCAGUCCGUGUGCGUCUACAGCGAGGAGGGCAGCGGAAGAAGGAACGCCACCCCCUUCACUACCCCGACCCACUGUUUGCUCGACAAAGACACGUCCUGGGGCGGCGUCACCCAGGUCAAAUUCGUCGGCGACAACUUGCUUGCCAGCGGUCACCGCCAAGACAGCGUGCUCCGCUGCUGGGACCUUCGGAAGCCAGAUGCGCCAAUGCUGCGGCUGAGGAGGGAAACGGCUCAGAGCGGUCAAAAGUUCGCGUUCGACACGUGCCUCUUCGCGGAUCCAGAGGAAGGAGAUAUCUUCCUCCUCGUCACAGGCGAUGAGCUCGGUCAGAUGUCGUUCUUCAGCCUCGCGUCCGGAAGGUGCAUUUCCACUCAGUCGAACGCGCGCGCCGCUGACGCAGCGCGGCCAGCGGCGUGUGUCGCUGCGUCAUUCCAUCCGCGGCGCCCUCUUUUGCUGACGGCAGUCGGAAGCAGACAGUUUGACGAUUUUACCAGCUCGACGGCCUCGAGUUCCGGAGGCCUCUCGCCGGCGUCGUCGGAUGCCUCAGACGCUGAGGGCAACGAAGGCAACUCGCGUUCGUUCGAGCACGAAGCACUGUGCGUCACGCGACGCCCUGGAAUAUCCGAACUAGAAUAUCCCCUUGUCCAGCCACGGCUCAAGCGUCAGGCGGGACCUUUUCCUUAG